AUGGAAUCUGGACGGGACAAAAAGUCCGAUUCCCAGGCUGGAAGAAAUCUCUCGUCGUCAUCGCUGCCUUAUGGAGGAGGAUUACUCGGACAGCAAUACUUUGACUCGGGUGAUUUAGCUCUCUCUGCAGCUGACAUUGUGACGGAUAACGGUGCAAUUCAAACUGGCGCAGCCCAUCCUAUACGUGAGAGCAUUUCGCGUCCUUAUGCUCCGGUUCCCAACACAAGUAAUGCCAACAAAGAUGCCAACAGGGAAUUGGGUGGCAAUAAAAGCCCAACUCCGGAAAUGAUAGAUAGUCCCUUGCAUCAGCAAAUCGAUAGUGGGAAGAAGGAGAUGUAG